AUGAAGUUUGACCAGGACUCGCUUGGCUCACUUCAGCGGUUUGACGCAGAUUCGGAGAUACUUUCUGAAUACAUAUUUGCCCUGCUAAAGCAUGACAAGCCUAUUGACGAGCUGAAGUCUAUUUGCCUGAUAAAGCUUGAUGACUUUCUCCAUAAGCGUAUGAUGGGACAAUUUUAUUUCUCAUUAUUGAUAGACACGAAGCCAUUUGUGCAGGGUUUAUUUGAUUUUCUUUGCAAGACCAUGUCUUUCCCGGAAAAUAUGUCUCCGCACAAUCGUAGCCUCUUGUCAGCUAGAUCACGCUCAAUUUCUCCUGAACGGGAAAGCUCCUUUCCCAGGCCUCCACAUCGCACCUCAAGCAUUCUGGCCCCAAUUGAUUAUAGAUGGAAAAGACGGAAUCUCAAUAGCCAUCCGUUUUCGUCCAAAUAUCGAAAUGAUUCGCGGGAACAUGACCAAGAGGACUUUACGACAUAUAAGCCUACGCAUAUGACGAGAUGCAAAGAUCCGACUUCAGUUGGAAAGAACAUCAAAGGCAGACAACUAUUUAUUUCAAACGUUCCUUCUUUAUUUACGGCCGAAAAAAUAGAAGCCUUUUUUGCCGCGUUUGGACAUGUUGAGCGGGUAAAAAUUCAAUUUAAUGGGGGAGAGCGAAACUCGGCCAUUGUAACUUUUCAACAAGAGGCGGAUGCCCGGAUGGCUUCUAAAUCAACUGACGCUAUAAUGGGCGACCCUUCUAUUAAAUUGAACCCACCUCUUCGUGAAAGCAGAGAGCAAGCCAUAGACUCUCUCAUUCAAAAGCAGAAGGACAUAAUUAAAAAAUUGGAAGACCCAAAAUUUGACAUUUCCGAGGAAGAGCGCAAAGCUCUUUUUCAGUCUCUUCGCUCGGUUCAAGAUAAUUUACGACCGUUACUCUCGGCGUCCCAGCCUUGUAGGCCAGCCUUUGAGCAUAAAGACACGCUGACACCGGCAAACAAAAUCUCAAGACCUCAGAAUAUCGAUAAUCGCCCGAGAACGCUCCACGUUCAAAUGUCUUCAUCAACAGACAUCGAUUUUGUCAGGAGUGUUUUUGGCAAAUACGGUCAAAUUGACGAAAUAUCUUCUGAUGCAAAUUCAGAGCAAACAUUUUUUGUAAAAUAUUCUAGACGAUUUGAGGCGGAAAAUGUAGGGAUUGUCUUUUAA